UACACAGCCCGGCGUCCAGAGCGGGCAUGCGGCGGCUCCAAGGGGAGAAGGACUCACGCAUCUCUCGGUGGGCUUUAAUUGGGAGCGUCACCUCCCACACCGCGUACUGAUAUCGGUCCCGAAUGAGUUGCAGCCAUGGAGCAAGUUCAGGUGAAAGAGAUAGAGAAGAUCAACCCAGCGGCGACGGCCAACUGGUUCUCAAAGAUUUUCUUCUGCUGGCUGAACCCCUUGUUUCGUAUCGGUUACAAACGGUCCCUGGAAGAAGAAGACUUGUACAACGUGCUGCCGGAAUUCCGCUCAAAAACACUGGGGUUGACCUUGCAAAGCUACUGGGAUGAAGAGUGCCUGAAGAGUGCCAAAGAGCUGAAGAAACCAAGCUUCUGCAAAGCCGUCAUCCGUUGCUACUGGAAAUCCUAUUCACUGCUUGGCAUCUUCACAUUCAUUGAGGAGGCGACCAAGAUUGUCCAGCCGGUGCUGCUGGGGUACCUGUUGCGCUACUUUGAGACUUAUGACCCCAAUGAUUACCACGGUCUGGAGCUGGCCUGCUACUACGCCCUCGGCAUGUCCCUGUGCAUCCUUCUGCUGGCGGUGAUGCAUCACAUAUUAUUCUUCAAUACCCAAAAGGCGGGCAUGAAGAUACGGGUGGCCAUGUGUAACAUGAUCUUCAGGAAGGCCUUAUGUCUCAGCAACUCGGCCAGAGGGAAAACGACCACGGGUCAGAUUGUCAACCUCCUCUCAAACGACGUCAGCAAGUUUGACGAUCUUACUAUUUUCCUGCACUACCUGUGGGUGGGGCCUAUCCAGAUAGCGGUGGUGGUCGCCCUUCUGUGGGGAGAAAUCGGCCCCUCGUGUUUGGUGGGAAUAGCACUCCUCAUCUUUCUGAUGCCCCUGCAAACCCAGUUUGGGAGGAUGUUCUCAGUUUACAGGUAACUUGUAUGCUCUUCACCCAGCGACGGCUCAUUCAAAUUAACACCGGCAAAUGUGCGGAGUCGACUUGUUUGUUAUGUCUUGUGUUAUGACGGCAUUUCGCUUCACUUCACUCUCUCAAACAGUACCCACUGUUAGGGCUGAGCAAAGCUUUGGUUUUUUA